AGUCAUUCUGCUGGANCACUGCUACAGUUCUGGAGGAGGUGAUGAAGACCAGAGAGGGAGGAGAGCUGCCCAAGACCCUGACUGAGAUGUACGCAGAAUUCCUGGUUUAUCAGAUUCAUCAGACAAAUGAGAAGUAUGACCCAGAAGAGUGCAUUCAGUACAUUGAGUCAUUAGCAAAACUGGCUUACCAUCAGUUGGAAAAGGGCAACCUGAUCUUCUACGAGACAGAUCUAGAAGAGAGUGGCAUUGAUGUCAGUGGAGCCUCGGUGUGUUCAGGAGUGUUCACAGAGAUCUUCAAAGAGCAACGUGGGAAGAAGAAGGAUAAAAAAAAGAUGUUCAGUUUCAUCCAUCUGAGUGUUCAGGAGUUUCUGGCUGCUCUCCAUGUAGAGAGGGCAGUCAUUAACAGAAACAAGAACGUGAUGUUUAGGCGAAGUUUGGUUAAAAACAUUCGAAGGGUUUUCAGCGAAAAAUCUGUGAUGUCUAAGGUCCACAGGUCAGCUAUUGACAAGGCCUUACAGAGUCCAAACGGACACCUGGACCUGUUCCUUCGAUUCCUCCUGGGUCUUUCUCUGAAGACCAAUCAGAUUGUUCUUGAAGACCUGCUGAAACCAAAAGGAACCAGCCCACAGACCAAUCAGGAGACAGUGGAGUACAUCAAGAAGAAGAUCAGUGAGAAUCUGUCUGCAGAGAGAAGCAUCAAUCUGUUCCACUGUCUGAAUGAACUGAAUGAUGGUUCUCUGGUGGAGCAGAUCCAACAGGCCCUGAAUUCAGGAAGUCUCUCCACAGAUGAACUGUCUCCUGCUCAGUGGUCAGCUCUGGUCUUCAUCUUACUGUCAUCAGGAAACGAUCUGGACGUGUUUGACCUGAAGAAAUACUGUGCUUCAGAGGAGGCUCUUCUGAGGCUGCUGCCAGUGGUCAAAGCCUCCAAAAAAGCUCUGCUGAGUGGCUGUAACCUGUCACUGAGAAGUUGUGAAGAUCUGUCCUCAGUUCUCAGCUCUGAGUCCUCUAGUCUGAGAGAGCUGGACCUGAGUAACAACAACCUGCAGGAUUCAGGAGAUUUGUUGCUCUCUGCUGGACUGGAGAGUCCACACUGUAAACUGAAAACACUCAGGCUAAGUGGCUGUAACCUUUCAGAGAGAAGUUGUGAAGAUCUGUCCUCAGUUCUCCGCACUGAGUCCUCUAGUCUGAGAGAGCUGGACCUGAGUAACAACAACCUGCAGGAUUCAGGAGUGAUGCCGCUAUCUCUUGGACUGGAGAGUCCACACUGUAGACUGGAGACUCUCAGGCUGAGUGGCUGUCACCUGUCAGAGAGUGGUUGUGAAGAUCUGUCCUCAGUUUUCAGCUUAGAGUCCUCUAGUCUGAGAGAGCUGGACCUGAGUAACAACAACCUGCAGGAUUCAGGAGUGAAGCUGCUUUUGGCUGGAAUGGAGAGUCCACACUGUAAACUGGAGACACUCAGGCUGAGUGGCUGUAACCUGUCGGAAAGAAGUUGUGAAGGUCUGUCCUCAGUUCUCAGCUCUGAGUCUGAGUCCUCUAGUCUGAGAGAGCUGGACCUGAGUAACAACAACCUGCAGGAUUCAGGAGUGAAGCUGCUUUCGGCUGGACUAGAGAGUCCACACUGUAAACUGGAGACUCUCAGGCUGAGUGGCUGUAACCUGUCAGAAAGAAGUUGUGAAGCUCUGUCCUCAGUUCUCAUCUCAGAAUCCUCUAGUCUGAGAGAGAUGGACCUGAGUAACAACAACCUGCAGGAUUCAGGAGUGGAGCUGCUCUCUGCUGGACUGGAGAGUCCACACUGUAAACUGGAGACUCUCAGUCUGUCAGGCUGUCUGAUCACAGAGAAAGGCUGUACUUCUCUGGCCUUCAACCCCUCCCAUCUGAGAGUGCUGGACCUGAGCAACAAUCAUCCAGGAAACUCAGGAGUGAAGCUGCUGUCUGCUAGACUGGAGGAUCCACACUGGAGACUGGACACUCUCAGGCUGGAACCUGGUGGAGAGCAGUGGCUGAAACCGGGUCUGAGGAAGUAUUCCUGUGAACUCUCUCUGGACACAAACACGGUGCACAGAAACCUCAGACUGUCUGAUGACAACAGGACGGUGACGUUAGCGAUGGAGGAUCAGGCAUAUCCUGAUCAUCCAGAGAGGUUUGAGACCUGGUCUCAGCUGCUGUGUAGAGAUGGUCUGACUGGUCGCUGUUACUGGGAGGUCCAGACCAAAGGAGAGUGGGUUUAUAUAUCAGUGAGUUACAGAGGAAUCAGCAGGAAAGGACACAGUGAAGACUGUGUGUUUGGACGUAAUGAUCAGUCCUGGAGUCUGCUCUGCUAUGAUGGUCGUUACUCUGUCCGUCACAAUAAGAGAGAAACAGUCCUCCCUGUCUCCUCGUCCUCUGUCUCUAACAGAGUAGCAGUGUAUGUGGACUGUCCUGCUGGCUCUCUGUCCUUCUACACAGUCUCCUCUGACUCACUGAUCCACCUCCAUACCUUCAACACCUCAUUCACUCAGACUCUCUAUCCUGGGUUUGGGUUAGGGUUUGGGUUAGGUGCCUCAGUGUCUCUGUGUGCUGUGUAGG